CUCCUGCAGAAACGAAACUCAACGGUUGCGGCCUCGUCAGCGUUUCAGCAGCAAUGAAGAGAAGUGUGAAUAAGCUUCUGUUUAAUGGAAAAUAUUCACUCUUCCGUUUUCUGCUCCAACACAGACGGUGGUGGUCUGCACCCUCUCUACUGUCUCUACUGAGAAAUAAAGUCCCCACACCUCCCUCCCAGUUCAGUCAGUGCAGUUCAGUGAUCAGCUGGAGACAGGUCCCUGCUCAACACCUGGACAAUAUUUCUACUCAGUUAUGGCAGGUUUCAUAUGGAUCCUCGCUCUUCUCAGUGUUGCAGGAUGUCACCAGUCUUCAGCCUCACCUGUCCUCCGCUCUCCCUGGAUGGUGCAGGUGGGGCAGAACGUCACGCUGACCUGUAACCUGACGUCCAGCAGGGAGAUCACCUGGUACCUGUUUCAUUCAGACCAGCUGCUGCCUCUGCUGACGGUUCAGCAGACUAAAUUUGGACAAGAUAUGGUCAACUUUCACUCUGCAAACAGCAGCCACAUCAGCACCAGUGGGGAUGUGGAGACGGGUCUGGUCAGUCUGGAGAUCCUGGAGGUGGAGGAGAAGGAUGCCGGGCUGUACUUCUGCUCAGGGCGGUGUGGAGGGGAUGUAUGUGUUAACAGAGGAACUCUUCUAGAUGUGGAUGGAGCUGAUGGUGGGUCAGCCAGAGACAAAAUGAAGCAGCCAUGCUGGAAUCUGGGAAUCUGUGUUCUUCCAGCUUUUCUCGUCCUGGUUUUCACCUUCACCUUUGGAUUCUGCCUGUGCUCAGGUAAAUCAGCUGUCUGCUGCUGUUGUUCAGAGAGAGGAGACUCCAGUCUGAAGUUCACACAGGAGGAGUCUCUGCAUUACUCCAGUCUGAAACAUGCAAACCAGCCCCGCCCCUCUGACCAAGGACGGACACGAUUGGACAAAGAGGACGUGACGUACUCCACAGUGGCCACUCGCAAGAACCUAAACAGAUCACAUGAGCACAGAUAGAGAGGCUCCUUACUGGUUUAGCAUCAGAUUUCAGUGCAGGAUGAGUUUCACCACCACCUGCUGGUGAAAAAGUAAAUUACAUUCUCUCAUUUCUCCAAUGAUCGACAUCAGUUUCAGGUGACUGAGAGGGAAUCAUCAUUUAUCUCAGUUUAAAUGUUCUGCAGUAUGUGUUUUAAACUCUUAAAAUCACGUUAGUGUUGCCUGUGCAGAUUUUAUAAUGAACAUUACUGCCUGCAGGUGGCGCUGUGGUUCAGUGAUUAACACUGUCACCUCACAGCAACAGGACUCUGGGACACGUGUUCUCCUCCGGCCUCCAGAGCUCUGUAAAUUAAAUUAUAGACUUUAAUACAUUUAAAAUACUUGUUUUUUUCUCCUUUUACUGGAAACUGAACUCAGUGUUUUGUAAAGGUCUUGUGUAUAUAAAGACAUUUUAAUGUUGUUUCAUGUUCCUGCUGUAGAAACGUCUUUUUUUCUUUAGUUUCAGUUAUAACCUGACUUUCUUUUGCUUCAUUAAAAUACACACAUACACCACAGAUGAAUGUUAAAUGUUACUGUGACACUGUUACUGCUCAUCACAUGCACAUGGUGACAGUUUGUUUGUAUAUGAUGUUCAUGUAACAUCCACUGUUAUAAGCUCCUCUUGUACUUCACUGUGAGGAGCAUCAGUUAUUGUGUCAGUGUUUAUUCUGCAUAUUAACCUGUCAGUGUCUCUUUCUGUCAAAAAAUGGAUUUUCAUAUCA